AUGAAGUUCACUUUAUUGAAUACUGCUGCUGUCGCUGCCGUUGCUCUUAACGGUGCUAAUGCCCUCAGCCUUGUUGCCCAAUCUUCCAGUGGUGACCUUAACGGAGCUGCUUUGUCUAGUAUCCACGAGGGUGCUGCCAUUGACUAUGUCACUCUUAGCCCAGGCGGUGAAAGCCUUAGUGUUGACCUUAACACCACUGCCAGCUUGAUUACCUACGAAUUGCAACCUGGUAUCCUUCAAUGGCUUGCUGUUGUGGGUGGAGUCCUUCAAUUCUACCCCGAACCUGUUGGUGACAAGUUCACUGUUGGUUCCGACGGUACUCUUUCCCUUAACGGUACUUCGAGCGGUUUCUACGCUUGUCAAAACAUCAACGAUCCUUACAACUACCAACAAACUUGGUUCGUUCUUUACUCUGCUUCUGGUCAACCCACUGUAGGAGACUCUUGUACUGCUGUUACUUUGGCCUCCGGUAGUGCCAGUGCCAGUAACGCCACCACCACCACUGUCACUUCUGCUGCCAACGCUGUUGAGACCGCCGAGGUCACUGUCACUGACUGCCCCGAGUCGGUCACCAACUGCCCUGCCCGUGCCACCAGUGCCGCUCCUGCUGUCGAGACCACUGGUGCUUCUCCCACUAUUGAGCAGACCAACGGCUCCGGUGCUGUCGCCAUCUCGGCCUUGGCCCUCCUCGGCUCGCUCUCUGCUUUCUUCCUCUAA